AUGUCUUCAGACUCCAAGGUCGAUCAUGGCCCAUGCUAUUUCAACCGUCUCCCGUAUGAUGUGGCUAUACAUAUAUUCAAGCUUGCAGCACUUGGCACUCGCAGCACGAAAGAAAGCCUCCGGCCAUUCAGUCGGAGCAGUAUGAAAAUGCCAGGUAUCCUGGCAUCAGUGGAUAAGCGCUGGAGACAUAUAGCAUUAUCCUCUCCGAGUCUGUGGUCCAAUCUGGGAUGUACCCUUCGGCAUAUGAACCUCGAAAAGGAACCAUCCCAGUUGGUCACCCUCAUCGAGCGGUCACAGCAAUGUCCUGUGACUGUUUUUAUUGAUGCACGAGCCCCGGCGGGCAUUGAAGCCAGACAUUACAUCACACGCUCAGACGUUUCUGGAUUUAGCAUUGCAUAUGCCUCCAUGAUUCCCCGAAUCAUGGAGUUGCUGCUCAAGGAGAUCAAAAGAUGGAGAUCUCUCACCAUCUUUUGCCAACGUUGGGACCGACUCAUCCCACACGCCUUUAAACUGCUGAGUACACCCACUCCGACAGGUGCUACUUGCCUGGAAGUUCUGGUGCUCAAGGAGUUUCACUCCUUUGAACCUCUAGAUCGCCUUCCGAGGCGGUCAGUACCACGCGCCCAGCUAGUCGCUGCUGGAAUGUCAUUGGAUGCCCUAUUCCCUCAAGAUAUCCGUGCACGGUCUUCCCCACUCCCCAGAUUGCGUCGUCUGGCUCUCGACGGGGUUCCUAUAAACUGGCCAUCAUUCUCCCACCAAAUGCACACAAACGUCUUUCGAUCCUUGCAUGUCUUGGAGUUGUCCCAAUUUUAUGGGCGUGGUUGCUGUCCAACUGGCGACGAGUUUUCAGCGAUUCUUUCAUCCUGUCCCCGGCUUAGAAAACUAGUGCUGAUGGUCUUUUCCCUGUCGGGAUUGCCAAUCAAUCACAAGGCCGUACUGCUUCCCCGCCUCGAAGAGCUUCGCCUGGGAUAUGGCUCUGGGUAUAGGGAUGUUGAGCUCGCCAUCCGUGUGCUGAAACAGAUUCGUGCCCCGAAUCUUAUAAGCCUUUCCAUUGAGGAUUGUGGAACCGCCCAUUUUUCUGGUCCAAACCCAGAACCUCUUAUCAGAUAUUGCGAAAGUGGUGCUUUUCCUGCCCUUAAGGCUAUCAACGUCAUUGGCGUCGAUUCAGUCGAUCUUGACAGCGCUGUACUUUGA